AUGACCCAUAUGCUUUGGCUGUACUGUUUGGUGUUUCUUUUGCCCACAGAGUCUUGCAGAACAUUAUACCAGGCUGCCAGAGAAAGCAAGGAGAACGUGUCUGCCGGGCCACAAGGCCAAUGUGAUGGUGCCUGCAACAAGGACAAUUCCCAGUGCAGUCAACUCUGUCCUCCAGAUGUUCAGGGAAACAUGGGGUUUUCAUGCAGGAAAAAUAAAUGGCACAAGGUCACUGAUACCUGCCGAACACUCAAUGCCUUCAAUAUCUUUGGGGAGAAUUUAUAUUCAGUUCAACCAAAUACAGAAAGUAUAAAAAUAACCCACUAUGCUGGAAAAUCUGAGACCAUCACAGAAAGGUUAAUGCAGACAUGUCCAAAGGAUUUGUCUUGUGUGAUUAAAGGCAUUCGGCAGUCUCCCCGGAUCCCAGGAAACAUUGCUAUGAUUGUUCAGCUCUUACAUAACAUAUCAACAGAGCUAAAGGCAGAUGUUGAUGAGGCGAAGAUGCAGAGUUACAGCAUUAUUACCAACCACAUUCUUAACAGCGAAAGCAUCUCAAACUGGACUUUCACCCCUGAGAAAAACAGCAGCUGUGUCCUGCUACACUCAGUCAAUUCCUUUGCAAGAAAGCUAUCUAUAAAUAAACAUCCCAUUGACAUAUCAGAUGCCUUCAUCCACAUCAAAGGCAGCACCAUAUCCAGAGACAACACUGAAAAGAAUUUCACUUUUUCUAUGAGAGUUAAUGACACCAACCGUAAAGUCACUGGGCAAGUGUUCAUUGCUAGAGAUGAGCUUUGGGAUGUGCCUUCCUCUUCCCCAGUUGUCAGCAUUGCCUUUCCAACCCUUGGGGCCAUCUUGGAAGCCAGCCUUUUUGAAAACAUCGUUGUGAAUGGGCUUGUCCUGUCUGUCAUUUUGCCCACAGAACUUAAAAACGUCUCACUGACUUUUGAAAAGAUCAGCAAGUCAGAGGAGAAGAGGACACAUUGUGUUGGCUGGCACUCCUCAGAGAGCAGAUGGGACCAGAAGGCCUGUCAAAUGAUUCAAGAAAACUCUGACCAAGCUGUUUGCAAAUGUGAGCCAAACAGGUUCUAUACCUCUUUCUCAAUUCUUAUGUCACCCCACGCCAUGGAGAGCCCGAUCCUGACUUAUAUCACGUACGUAGGCCUGGGCAUUUCAAUUUGCAGUUUGAUCCUUUGCUUGUCCAUCGAGGCCUUGGUCUGGAGCCAAGUGACGAAGACAGAGAUCACAUAUUUGCGCCACCUAUGCAUUGUAAACGUUGCGGCCACUCUGCUGAUGGCUGAUGUGUGGUUCAUUGUAGGUUCCUUUUUUGCUGGUCCAAUGACACGCCAUAAUGGAUGUGUAGUGGCAGCAUUUUUUGUUCAUUUCUUUUACCUUUCAGUGUUUUUCUGGAUGCUUGCCAAGGCACUCCUUAUUCUCUAUGGAAUCCUGAUAGUUUUCCAUACACUGCCCAAGUCAGUCCUGGUGGCAUGUCUCUUUGUAGUUGGCUACGGGGGUCCUUUAGUCAUUGCUGUUAUCACAGUUGCUGUCACUGAGCCUGGCCAAGGCUACUUGCGUCCAGAGGUGUGUUGGCUCAACUGGGACAAGACCAAGGCCCUCCUGGCCUUUGUGGUCCCAAACCUGACCAUCGUGGUGGUAAACCUGACCACAGCCACACUAGUGAUUGUUAAGACCCAAAGAGCCACCGCUGGCAGUUCCAUGUUCCAGGAAGUGAGAUCCAUUGUGAGAAUCUGCAAGAAUGUUGCCAUCCUCACACCGCUGCUGGGACUGACCUGGGGAUUCGGAAUAGCCACAGUCAUCGAUGGUAGCUCCCUGGCCUUCCACGUUAUCUUCUCCUUGCUCAAUGCUUUCCAGGGCUUCUUCAUCUUGCUGUUUGGAACAAUCCUUGAUCCGAAGAUAAGAGAAGCCUUAAAGUGUCGAGUAACCUCUGCAAAAUGGAUCUCCAGGUUAUCAGAGGGUAUGGGGACCACAACCGAAGGAAUGAAAGCAGACUUAAUCAGUUUGGAGGAGACUGACCAGGGUGGCAAGGUGGCAGGGGAAGAGGGGAGAUUUCAAAGGACAUCAUAG